UCUAGUAAACACCUGCUUUACUCUGUGUAAGUAGUUUUUGCAUGUUAAAUGCUGUUUAAAUGUAUGUUUAAAAUGAUAUUUAUGAUCAAUAACAUUUUAGGUCUAGAUUUCAACAGGAUGUUAGGAACAUCAGUGCCAGAGAUGUCCUCUCCUUACAAGACUUUACAUGAUAGCUAUGUUCCCAACCGAAGUGUAAGAAUUGCUUGUCAAGCAUUUUGUCAAACUUUUCAGUAGAAGCUCAUCUGAAGUAUGUUCUAACUUCUGUUUACAUUUAUAUUGAAAUAUAUUUAUUCUGUCCUCAUUUUUCAUAAACAUCACACUUGGUUGUGUCUGUGUUCUCAGAGCUCAAAACAGCUUGUGUCUAUAGCUGUGGUAGUGGGAUGUUUGACUGCUUUGGGUGCACUGCUCUCCUUUUCUAUAUUGGACAAGUGCACAGAAGAAGAGCAUUUCCAAAAUGACAAGCUCUUCCAAGAAACAAGAACUGAUCAAAAUAACAUUUCUGAUGAGCAAAGCCGGUGAGCUUCAUGUACCCAUAUACGUUUAGCUUUAACACAAUUGACAAUGUAAAACAGUCAAAGUUUUGUCAAGGGAAGUGGUGCUUCGUUUCCAGUUUGUAAUCAUCCCCAAAGACUAGUAAUUAAGAGGUCCUGUUGUGAAUUCCUCAGAAUUAUCCUUGUGGAGAGCAUUCCCCUGUAUAUGAAAUAUGACGACAAUGCAACCUUUGGGACCCCAGUGGACAAGGCCUGGAGAGAUCUCCUGUCCAUGGCAACCAACCAAGUCGAUGUGGCUUCCUUCUACUGGACUCUUACCGGUGAUGACAUCAAUAUGAACUCUUCCACUGACUUACCUGUGAGUUCUAAAAAAGCCAUUGUAGGAAAAUUAAUCCCUGUGAAUUUGCCUGCACUUUAUCUACUGUCAUCAUCAACAGGGAAAGGACAUGCUGGAGCAGCUUGGAGCUUUGCCUUCCAGAAACGUAUCAGUGAGGGUUGUGACGAGUAUUCCCUCUAUGCUGACAAACUCCACAGAUCUACAGGUUCUGAGACAGAAAGGUCUGAAAACACCCCUUAAAUCAGUGUUUCCCAACCCUGGUCCUCCAGUAGCCCCUACAGUACACAUUUUUAUUGUAACGCUGGACAAGCACACCUGAUUCAACUUGUCAACUAAUUAUCAAGCCCUCAAUGAGUUGAAUGAGGUGUGUUUGUCCAGAGCUACAAUGACAAUGUGUACUGUUGGGGGUACCAGAGGACCAGGGUUGGGUAACACUACCUUGAAUGACAAUCAGGUUACUUUGUAUAUUAUCCUACUGUAUUUUAAUCUUUAAAUGUAAUUUAAUUGGUUUUCUGUAGGAGUCCAAGUAAGAAAGGUGCACUUUGGGCGUUUGACUGGGGGUGUACUCCACAGCAAGUUCUGGAUUGUUGAUCGUAGACACAUAUUCCUAGGAAGUGCCAACAUGGAUUGGAGGGCUCUUACACAGGUAAAGGUCUAGUGAUGAUAUAAUACACUUACCAUUGAAUAAUCUCACUCGCUUUGCUCCUACAUGAGUCAUGACAGGUAACAAUGCACGAUCAUCUUAGGUUAAGGAACUGGGAGUGGUGAUCUACAACUGCUCCAGUCUGGCUGAAGACCUCCAUAAGAUCUUUGAGUCCUACUGGGUGAUGGGUCAUCACAACAGCUCCAUCCCAGACCCUUGGCCCUCCAAAUAUGACACUGCCAUCAACAAAGAGCAUCCCUUGCUGCUGAAGACUGAUAAUGUUUCAAGCAAAAUCUACAUUACAGUAAGUCCCUUCUGUUUCACUUCCCCAUUCUGUGCUUUCAGAGGGCCUGGACCAUAAAACCAGUCGCAUCUGAAUAAACCCUGAGAGAAUUAAAGAGCGUGUCCAUUGUCCAACACAUAACAGGUUGAAUGGAGAUUUCUUUCUCAUCUAAUGACCAUCUCAUCACAGUUCUACUCAUCACAGCCCUCUCUUUCUUCCCAUGCCAUGUCUGUCCUCUGUCUCUCCCAGGGUUCUCCUCCCUCUUUCUGCCCGACCUCUCGGACUCAGGAUCUGAAUGCCAUCCUCUCAGUGAUCUCAGGGGCGCAGCACUUCAUUGAUGUGGCAGUCAUGGAGUAUUUUCCCACAACACGCUUCAUACACCCUCAAAGGUGAACCUACUGUCCUACCAGGCUCAUAGCCUUUUUCAAUACGCCCUUGAGUUUUACUUACAACUCUACCUUCUUGUUUUGUUAGAUUCAUUUAAUCUACCUCUAAUAUAUCCUUUAGGUACUGGCCGGCCAUUGAUGAUGCAUUAAAGAGGGCUGCUUUUGAGCGGAAUGUUAAGGUCCGUCUGCUGGUCAGCUGUGGACGUGAUUCUGAUCCAGCCAUGCUGCCUUUCCUUCAGUCUCUAGCCUCCCUGAAUUACCCUGCCCAGAACAUCAGCAUUCAAGUGGUAGGAAGACACAUAUAGCCUACUGGUAUUAUUAUUCAACCAUGUGGUUGUCUUCCUUUCUGUACUGUAAUGCCAGAUGGUCCCCUUUUUCAGAAACUGUCCAUUGUGCCAGUAGGGAACCAGUCGGAGAUUCCCCACUCCAGAGUAAACCAUAAUAAAUACAUGGUGACUGAUAAAGUAGCAUAUAUUGGUAAGUGUUAGACAGCUGUAUCAACAUGGCCUACAGUAGACUUUUCAGAAAAUAGUUUAAUAUGAUGCUACUUUAUUGUGAACAGACACAGUUGUAUAUAUGAAGGCAUUAUAGGUAAUGAACAACCUGAAUUCCCAAUCCUUCUGCCCCUCAGGGACGUCUAACUGGUCAGCUGACUACUUCAACACCACAGCUGGAGUGGGGCUGGUGGUUUCCCAACACACACCAAACUGGCCCUGGGGGACCCAGGCUCUGCAGGGGCAGCUCAGAGCAGUGUUUGACAGGGACUGGCACUCUCAGUUUACUGUAUGUUUUGCUGACUUGGGCCAUCACCUUGACUGUGCACUCUCAAAAGGAUAGGCGCUCUGACUACCAUCCAUACACUUAGCUAUAACAAUGUUUACUUUAGACAAGUAUGGCUUAGGGAAAUAACAGUAAGCCUGUUGGACUGCUUUUUCUAGCCUUGGGUUGUUUCUAUAAGGGACGUUGCAACUGAACACACCAUUUGCAUCAUCAUUUGUUUGUUAGCUACUUGUUACCUUUUCUUCCUAUUGAACAUUUACUUUAGGAAUGUUUCAUUUCACUGUAUUACCUUUCGCAAGCCGACAAAUGCCGUUUCGUGAUGUACUUGAUUGCUCAUUAUUUUUGCUACAAAAUGAUUUAUUAUACAAGUUAAUUAAUUUGAAAUAAAGGCAGCAAAAGGC